GGCAAGCUGCGUGCACGCGCAGACAUAGCGGCGAGAAUAACCUCCUCCCGACCCCCGAACCGGCCCCCGCAGCCCGAUCCGAGCCCCACCGGACCGGACCAGACCGUGGCAUGGGGCUGACCAGCGCGGACUGAGCGAGGAGAACGCCUGGACGGUGAGCAGCAUGCGCUCGGUCGUCAAACCGUAACGCCCGCGCGUGCACUGUUGCUACGCAUCGCUACUGCACCGGAAAACCAGCGAGACGCGCGCGCCGUGAUGGAUGCUGCUGGAUGUUGCUUCUUCUCCAUCUGCUCUGAUUCCUUCUGCUGAGCAAACUUCACCCAACUCGAAGCUCACAGCAUCCACAGGCUGUCAGAGUGAGCUGUCAGAAGAUGAAGUUUCUGAAGCUGCUGCUGCUGCUGCUCUGUGUUCUCUGUCUGUGGAUGGAGGGAGGAUCUGCCAAAGAGAAGUCAGCCAAGAAGGGCAAGAAGAAAGGCAAGCAGGUCUACUGCCCCUCGCAGCUCUCAUCAGAAGACCUGGCGCAAGUUCCUGCAAACUCCACAAGCAACAUCCUAAACCGACUUCUGAUCAGCUAUGACCCCCGCAUCCGGCCCAACUUCAAGGGUAUUCCCGUGGAGGACCGUGUCAACAUCUUUAUCAACAGCUUCGGCUCCAUUCAAGAAACCACCAUGGAUUACCGCGUUAAUAUUUUCCUGAGGCAACGCUGGAAUGACCCAAGGCUGCGUCUCCCUCAGGACUUUAAGUCCGAAUCGCUCACAGUCGACCCCAAGAUGUUUAAAUGCCUUUGGAAGCCUGACCUGUUCUUCGCUAAUGAGAAGAGCGCUAACUUCCAUGAUGUCACGCAGGAAAACAUCCUCCUUUUCAUCUUCCGAAAUGGAGACGUCCUCAUUAGCAUGAGGUUGUCGGUCACUCUCUCCUGUCCAUUGGACCUGACCCUCUUCCCCAUGGACACCCAGAGAUGCAAGAUGCAGCUGGAGAGCUUUGGCUACACCACAGACGAUCUGCAGUUCAUGUGGCAGUCUGGAGAUCCUGUGCAGAUGGAUGAAAUUGCUCUGCCUCAGUUUGAUAUCAGACAGGAGGAUAUUGAAUAUGGAAAUUGUACCAAAUACUAUGCAGGCACAGGUUAUUACACCUGUGUGGAGGUGAUUUUCACGCUGAGGAGGCAGGUGGGUUUCUACAUGAUGGGAGUGUACGCUCCCACGCUGCUCAUCGUGGUGCUGUCUUGGCUCUCCUUCUGGAUAAACCCAGACGCCAGCGCCGCUCGAGUGCCUCUGGGGAUUCUCUCUGUGCUCUCUCUCUCCUCUGAGUGCACAUCUCUGGCCUCCGAGCUGCCCAAAGUGUCCUAUGUGAAGGCCAUUGAUAUCUGGCUGAUCGCCUGCCUGCUAUUUGGCUUCGCCUCGCUGGUGGAGUACGCUGUGGUUCAGGUGAUGCUCAACAGCCCCAAGCUUGUGGAGGCCGAGAAAGCCAGGAUGGCCAGCAGAGAGAAGGCGGAGGGGAAGACUCCAUCCAAGAUAAACAGCCUGAACGGCACCGGCGGCACCCCACUGCAUGUGACAGAGAACAGGUGUAAGAAGGUGUGUACCUCCAAGUCGGAUUUGCGCUCCAACGAUUUCAGCAUCGUGGGCUCCCUGCCGCGGGACUUUGAGCUUUCGAACUUUGACUGCUACGGAAAGCCAAUCGAAGUGGGGAACGCUGUGGGCAAAUCGCAGGCCAAAAACAACAAGAAGCCCCCACCCCCCAAACCUGUCAUCCCGUCGGCUGCCAAACGCAUCGACCUGUACUCGCGUGCCCUCUUCCCUUUCUCCUUCCUCUUCUUCAACAUCAUCUAUUGGUCUGUGUACUUGUGAUCGUCCCAUCCCUUUCACCCCAUCCCUCCCGCGCUCGUCUCGUCUGUAUCCCUCCAUUCCAGACCUCAGGCAUCAAAGAGAUCAGUUCUAUUAUCAAUUCUGUACAGAGAUUUAGAGCGAGAGUGCUAAAGAAUGAAUGAUCACAGUGUACAAUAGCAACAUUUGUUAUUGUUAUUUUGAUGUAAAUAGCGAAGACCAUGUUUAUGUCUUGAUUUGGCUUAGAAAGUCCAUUUCUCACUAAAAUUGGUCAGUUUAUUUAUUUCUCUAUCAAUCUGUUUAAUGUCUGCACAAACUUAGCAAUUAUUAUCUUGCAUGUGGAAAAUGCAUUAUAUAAAUAUUAAUAAUAAUAUAUUAUAUUUAAAGGCUUCUAAUGUUUAUUUUUUGACCUCCAGAUCAGCUGUUGAGACGAUGAUGAUGAUUAUGAUGAUGGUAAAUGCAAUGAUGAUGGUGGUGGUGACACGCUUGUUGGUGUUGUACAAAUAAACACUGCCAUAUGAACUGUAUCUUUUGAUGAUCUUCCACUUACAGGCAUUUACAUGUGUAAAACCUGAUAAUACAAUCCUGUGCUUGUGAAAAUUUAUCAACCAAUAAAAUUUAAAGGUCAAGUGGCUCAGAUGGCCAUAUAUA